AUGCGUUUCUCCGUUAUCGCCGUUUCCAUGUUCGCUGGUGCCGCUAUGGCUGCCACUUCCACUGACUACGCAAGUUACACAACCCAUAUCAAGAGAGAUUUAGCACGCAGCACCCAAGUUUCGACCACCGUCUACCCAAAGACCUCCUCUACCGAAUCCGUCAUCGGUUCCUCUGUUACACCAGCUAGCAAGCCAUCCAACAGCGCACCAGGAGCUUCCUCCCCAGCUUCAAGCAACCCAGUUAGCAGCGCACCAGCAGCUUCUUCCCCAGCGACCAGCGCUCCAGCUUCUAGCAAGCCAGCUACUAGCGUUUUGGUCCCAGUCGCUUCUUCCCCAGCUUCAGGCCACCCAGUUAGCAGCGCACCAGCAGCUUCUUCCCCAGCGGGCAGCGCACCAGCUUCAUCCAACCCAGCACCACCAGCUGCCAACUCUACCAAGCCAGCCAACACUUUCACCCCCAUCUACGCCACCUCAGCCACCUCUGCUCUCGGUGUUGCUACCACCCCAGCAGGUUCCGUCUCCGUGAUUGCCAUCACCACCUGUAUCCCAACCGUCAUCUACUCCACCAUCUCCCUCACCGGAGUCGAGACCUCCGCCCCAGGUGUCCCAGCUGGCUCCGCCAAGCCAUCUUCCACUGGAUACAUCUCCACCCCAGCCAACGGUUCCACCCCAUCUGCUACCGCUACCCCAGCCGCAUUCACCGGUGCCGCCACCAAUGUUCAAGUUGGAGGUGCUGCCAUUGCCGCUCUCUUCGGUCUUGCUGCUUUCUUCUUGUAA